AUGUCCCUCUUAAUUCCUACCGAAGUUGAUUACAAGGAUGCACAUGGCCAUCCCACCAUUGAAGAAGAGUACCAGGCAGAGCUUGAAAGAUUAGCAAAUGAAGGUAACAAGGAAUUCUCAUGGGAUUUCGAAGUUGUGCCAGGAUUUUUCGUACAAUCUGACCCAGCUACCAACGACUUGAAGUUCAGGUACACACAGGCCAAUCUUGGACGGUUAAAGACGUGGGAUCAGAUCCAAAAAGACCUUGCAUUGUUGAAUGAGAAUGCCAACGACAACGAGGUCUACAAGCUUAUAAUUUGUGCCAGACAUGGACAGGGCUAUCAUAACAUGAUUGUGGAGAAGUAUAGUCUUGACGCCUGGAACAAGAAGUGGAAUGUUCUCGGUACAGAUGGAGAAUUUAUCUAUGGACCAGAUGCCAUGUUAUCGGAGCUCGGACUUAACCAGGGUAGAGAGAACAACAACGUGUGGAAGGAGGAGAUAGAGCAGCAUGGAGCUCCAAUCCCAUCAAAGUUCUACGUCUCACCCCUUCAAAGAUCCCUGUGGACUUGUGUGCUUACUUGGGAUGGUUUGAGACCCAGUCAUAUCAACCCUGUGGUGACUGAGAACCUCCGAGAGACCAUUGGACAGAACUUGUGUGAUAAGAGAUCGAGUAAGACGGUAAUCUCCGAGAGAUUCGGUCAGUAUGGAUUUGUUUUCGAGGAGGGAUUUGAGGAGGAAGACAUUCUUCAUACCCCACGCAGAGAGACUGCUUUAGAACAGGCGGUGAGAACAAACCGUUUCUGUCAAGCAUUGUUCGAGGAGGAUUGGGAUGAAAAGGCAGGUAAAGUCAACAAAGAGCUGGCUGUGAAGCAUUCGUUUAUCUCCACCACAUCUCACGCUGGAACCAUCAGAUCUUUAAUUAUUGUGUUUGGUCACAGAAGAUUCACCAUUUCCACUGGCGGCAUGGUUCCCAUUGUUGUGAAGGCAACUAGAGUGGCUUGA